CUUAUUUGCAUUGACAACAUUUGGGAUAAAUCAAUUGAGCCAUGGAUUUCAAGAGACAGUAAAAUUGAAGGUCAUUAUAAGCGGUACACAAACUUACGGCAUCAAUAUCCACAUUUGAAGGUUUCGUUGGCCGUAAAACGUUCGUUGAACACAGAUGAUCUUAUUGGCGAUGCAGGUACACCCGAGCGUCGCAAGAGAUUCAUUGAAAAGGCCACCAGUUUUAUGUUGAAUCAUAAAUUCGACGGAAUGGACUUGGUGUGGGACUUUUCAGAAAAUAAUAAUUUCGGUGCACCGAAAAAGCAAAUGAUCCAUGACUUGGUAAAGGGAUUAAUGGAUAGUUUCGAGACGCAAAAUCUCUUACUCACCUCAACAUUUAUCGAUUUAAAACAAACCGAUGCUGAACGCUUGAAUAUUGCUGCAAUGUCGGAGAAUUUCGAUCGUGUGCAUUUUGUGCAAAAGUAUAAUUUCGUGGAAACAUGGCCUGGAAGUUAUCGUGUCGAAGAUGUGCUAAAAGAGCGAAAUGUGUCAGCCCUCCAAAACACCAUUGACAAUUUAAUCGAGAUGGGUGUUCCACCGUCGAAAGUCAUCUUGGGUCUUCAAUUUGUUGGUCUUUCAUUCCACUCCGUAUUGGAUUUGGCACCAAAAUCGGCGACAUUCCGACGAACAAUGAGCUACGAUGAAGUCUGUCGUACACUGUCAAAAGAUAAAAAAUCCGAUUGGCAAAAGUUCUACGAUGAUGUGGUUGGCUUGGCCAUUGCUAAGGACGAAUCAAGAUCAUGGCGUGGCAUUUUGAAAUCGACAAACGUUAUUGUUUACGAAAGCAGUCGAUCGAUAGCGAAUAAAAUUCGAUUUGUCAUCGAGCGAAAAUUGGGCGGUGCCAUGGCUUUCCCCAUUGACAUGGACGAUUUUCGCGGUAACUGUGGCAUCGAAGAAGAAGUCUUUGCUGAUUUCAAUCUGGGCACCGAAUUUAACAUUCCAAAUCGACACAAUACCACACAUUCACUUCUGAAAACUAUCAAUUUUGCACUCGAAAUGGCACCAUUUGCAACAAGUCAAGCUCGUACACCGAAUAAUGAUAAAAUCUAUUAUGAAGACAAUCGAAUCAACGAAAUCGACUCAGACGCUGAUGUAACAGCCAUGAUUCCUGAACAAUACAAGCCAUUGAUUCCAAUUGUUUUCUCCGUUAACGAUGCAAUGGUCGUUGGCUAUGAUAAAAUGAAGGAAAAAGCCGAACUAUAUGACAAAGAACAAACUUAUAAGAAUCUCAUGUUUUUGUAUAUGCUCAAAUUGUCCAGAAUGUUAUUCUUCGUUUUGGGAGCAGCGCUAUUCGGACGAUUUCAUUAGAUUUUAAAAUGUAAAAAUUUACGAAUUCGUUUGGAAUAUCUUUCGUUAGAAUUUUAUUUGGUGGAGAUUGAAACGUUUGUUUUCUUUUUGUAGAUCCAUGGUAUACAAAGAAAAAAUCGACAAAAUUUACAAAAAAAAAACUGUGCAAAAUACACAGGGAGGUAGGUCCAAACGAGUUCGAGCCUUAUGCAAAUAUGUGUAUUUUAAAUACACUGGUUCAAGGUGCUUUAGUACAAUCAAGUCUGAUUAGUUUAUUUAAUUUAUUUAUCGUGUGAAGUUCACCAUUAUCAAAGCUCACAUUAAGACAUUUUUUCUGCAAACAAAUAUUUGUUGACCGGAUUUUUACGUCGGAAUUUAAAAUUAUUUUAUCGAAUUAUUUAUUUCUUUUAUUA